AUGGAUUACAUAACAAGUUUUGAUAUACGAUUAGAGAAUGAUGUUUAUUAUGCUGGUGAAUUAGUGCGCGGUAAUGUUCUGAUAGAAAAUGUUGAAAAUAUCAAAAUUAAAGGAAUUCGGGUAUUGCUUCGUGGAAAAGCACAUGCACAAUUAAAAAUUACUAAAUCUGGUGAACGACGAACAGUUAAAGAUGAUCAGUAUAUAAUUGAUGAAAAACAGAUUAUAUGGGGAAAAGAUAAAUCUGAAGACUGUGAAAGUAUACCGAUAAUGCCGUUGGGUAUGCAUCAAUUACCGUUCCAUUUUUCAUUACCACAAUGUCCACUGCCUUGUUCGCUGGAAACUAAACUAGGCACUAUACGAUACUACAUUAAGGUAAUUAUUGAUAUACCUUAUGCAAGUUCACCACAAGGAAUCAAAUAUUUCAGUAUUAUUGGGCCACAUAUUGACUGUAUGGAAGAAAAAUAUUUGGUAGGUAAUUUUUUGUUUAUGGCUUAUAAAUUAAGCAACUUACGCGCAAUGUAUCAUCAGUAA